AUGGAGGAGCGUAAUCAAUUAAUGAUACUAGAUUUUGGUAUGGCGGAUUACUUACGUCAGCUAGAACGAGCUCUAAAAGAAGGUUUGCCUGUAUUGCUGCAAAACGUGGGGGAAUACUUAGAUCAAGCUAUUAAUCCAAUUCUGCGGCAGAGCUUUACCAUUCAAAGUGGAGAAAGGUUACUAAAAUUUAAUGACAAAUAUAUUUCAUAUAAUAAUUCGUUCAGAUUUUACAUAACUACAAAAAUAUCGAAUCCACAUUACCCACCGGAAAUCUCAUCAAAAAAAACAAUUGUAAAUUUUGCACUGAAGCAAGAUGUGCUUGAAGCCCAACUACUAGGAAUUAUUGUUUGAAAAGAAAAACACGCCCUAGAAGUAUAAAAAGACGAACUGGUAUUGACAAUAGCUCGAAACAAACGGAUUGAUCUUGAUAAUGAGAUUUUACGGCUACUUAAUGAAAGUCGAGGUUCCUUAUUAGAUGACGACGAGUUAUUCUCAACAUUACAAAAAUCCCGGCAGACAUCAGUGCUAGUUAAGGAGUCUCUUAGCAUUGCCGAGGUAACUAAAGUGGAAAUCGAUGCCGACCGACAAAAAUACAAACCAGCAUCGGAACGCGCAUCCAUUUUAGUCUUUGUUAUAAUGGAUAUGUCUAAAAUUGAUCCAAUUAUACCUCUGCGGGUCAGUCUGUCCAUCAGCUCGUCUACCAGCAAGCUCCACAAGAGAGGCGAGAGGACACCACCUUGGGGACAUCCCCUUGCGGUAGAUAGUGUGGACGACUGUCCUCCUAUAGUGAUCCAUCUACUGGUUGUUACAUCUAGUCCUCUUCUUGCCAGGGAUGCGUUGACCGCCUCAUGA